UGAGCAGGAGAUGAGGGAAGAGCUCUGUUGUGCAGCAGAGACGCAGUGAGUUUUGCUCCAUUCUCAUCCUCUGGAAUGCAUCAACUUCUUCUCUGUGCACAAUCAACACACAACUGGAUGACCGAGACUCCAAGACUUACAAUGCGCAUCUAUUUAUAGCAGCUCAGCGGAAAAAAAAGGUUUUCUGUGACUUUUUCCCUUCUCCUCCGCAGUUUUUCUUCUUAUUCAGCAGUACCUGCAAGUUCAGACUGAGGCAGUAGUCUUUCGGGUCCCGGGCGAAUCUCCUCUCCGGGAGACAAGCUUUGACUCCAGGCUGCAGAGGUCGACCAGGGCUGGGAAACUAGUUGAGGAGUUUUUAUUAGUAUUAUUAUCAUUAUUCCACCGAGCACUGGAGCUGUGAGAGUGGAUAUGCCGGACAGUCAGCGUGGAGGACGGCUGCCGCAGCUGGCCGUGGCUCUGGUGGCCUUGCUGUCACUGUGCGCCGGGCUUGGAGACGCUGCAGAGGUGCUGGACGCAGCGGACAGCGAGGUGGUGACCAAGCAGACCGACACCAGAGCCAGCAGGGCCAAGAGGAGAGGAGGGACGGACGUGCUGAGAGGACCAAAUGUGUGCGGCUCGAGGAACAACGCCUACUGCUGUCCUGGCUGGAAGACUCUGACUGGAGGAAACCAGUGCAUUGUCCCGAUUUGCCGGAGUUCAUGUGGAGAUGGUUUCUGCUCCAGACCAAACAUGUGCACCUGCCCCAACGGCCAGAUCGCCCCGUCCUGUGGAUCCAAAUCAGUCCAGCACUGUAACAUUCGCUGUAUGAACGGAGGGACGUGUGCAGAGGACAACUGCUUGUGUCAGAAAGGCUACGUGGGAAAUCACUGUGGCCAACCGGUUUGUGAAAACGGCUGUCUGAAUGGAGGAAGGUGUGUGGCUCCCAACAGAUGCGUGUGCACCUACGGCUUCACCGGCGCUCAGUGCGAGAGAGACUACCGCACCGGGCCGUGCUUCGCCUCGGUCAAUAACCAGAUGUGUCAGGGCCAGCUCACGGGGAUUGUGUGCACAAAGACUUUGUGCUGCGCUACAGUGGGACGAGCGUGGGGUCACCCCUGUGAGAUGUGCCCGGCCCAGCCUCAUCCCUGCCGGAGAGGGUUCAUACCGAACCACCGCACCGGGGCGUGCCAAGAUGUGGACGAAUGCCAGGCCAUCCCUGGCAUCUGCCAAGGAGGAAACUGCAUCAACACAGUGGGAUCCUUUGAAUGUAAAUGCCCCGCUGGGCACAAGUUCAACGAGGUCUCACAGAAAUGUGAAGAUCUGGACGAGUGCUCAAACAUUCCAGGUCUCUGCGGUGUGGGUGAAUGCUCUAAUACUGUUGGCAGCUACUUCUGCAAGUGUAUUCAGGGAUAUUACACCUCUGUGGACGGGUCCAGGUGUAUAGAUGCUCGCGGUGGGUACUGCUAUGCUAGCCUGCUGAACGGGCGCUGCGCCAACCAAAACUCGCAGCUGUUGACCAAAAUGCAGUGCUGCUGUGAUAGCGGGCGCUGCUGGUCCGACGGUUCCACCCCUGAAAUGUGCCCCAUCCGCGGAACAGAGGAGUACCAGAAACUGUGCAUCCAGAUACCUGAUGGGAACGGUGGAGGGCCGAUACCUGGUCGUGUCCCAGGCGGUCCUGACAUCCCUGGCAUCUACCCACUUCCAUAUCCUGGUCAAACUCCUGGCCAGGUUCCUGGAGUGAUUCCUGGUCAAAUUCCCAUCCCGAUUCCAGGACAAGUCCCAGGACAAAUCCCAGGACAAAUCCCAGGACAAAUCCCAGGACAAGUUCCAGGACAAAUUCCAGGACAGAUCCCAGGACAAAUCCCAGGACAAUUUCCGGGCCUACCUAUACAGCCUCCACCUGGCCCUGGUGUCAUACAAACCCAGAAUAUCACCAACAUGUGCCAGGCCUACCGCAACCUGUGCCUGAAUGGCAGGUGCAUCCCCAUGCCGUUCAGCGGAUAUCGCUGUGAGUGCAACAUGGGCUUCAAGCUGGACGAAAGGGGAGAGUGUAUCGACGAUGACGAAUGUGAGAGAAGUCCUUGUGCGCAUGGAGAAUGUGUGAACACCCCUGGCUCUUACAUCUGUCAGUGUCCUGCUGGAUUCCAGUCCACUGCCACCAGGACGGAGUGCCGAGACCUGGAUGAGUGUGUGGCCAACGGUCGGAUCUGCAACAACGGCCGCUGUGUGAACACUGAAGGCAGCUUCCACUGUGUCUGCAACGCUGGAUUUGAAAUUUCACUAGAUGGCAAGAACUGUCAAGACCAGGACGAGUGUCUGAUCAGGAACAUGUGCCUCAAUGGACUGUGUAUCAAUGAAGACGGCAGCUUUAAAUGCAUCUGUAAACCGGGAUUCCUGCUCGACACCAGUGGACGCAUGUGUGUAGACAUUGAUGAGUGUGAGACUUCAGGAAUAUGUAUGAACGGCCACUGCGUCAACACGGAGGGCUCCUUCCGCUGUGAGUGUAUGGCCGGGAUGGCAGUGGGCCUGGAUGGACGGGUCUGUGUUGACACACAUAUGCGCAGUUCGUGUUAUGGCGGCUACAAGCGAGGGCAGUGUGUUAGGCCUCUGUUUGGAGCCGUGACCAAGUCGGAGUGCUGCUGCGCCAGCACCGAGUACGCCUACGGAGAGCCCUGCCAACCCUGCCCGCCGCAAAGCUCUGCUGAGUUCCUGGCUCUGUGUCCCAACGGUCCUGGCAUCACCGGUGACCAAAGAGAUAUUAACGAAUGUGCCCUCGACCCCGACAUCUGCCAGAACGGAGUGUGUGAGAACAUGCUGAGGACAUACAAAUGCACCUGCAAUGAAGGCUUUGAGGUCGACCUGACAGGAAAGAACUGUAUCGACAUCGACGAGUGCCUGAUGAACAGGCUUCUGUGUGACAACGGCCUCUGCAGAAACACACCAGGAAGCUUCACCUGCCAGUGUCCCAAAGGAUACCUGUUUGAUCCGGAGACAGACGUCUGCGAAGAUGUGGACGAAUGUAAGUCCAACCCCUGCGUUAACGGAGAUUGUAUGAACAGCCAAGGCUCAUUUGUGUGUUUGUGUUCGUUGGGCAGCUCUCUGGACAGCACCGGCCUGGAGUGUAUAGAGACAACUAAGAGCACCUGCUGGCUGAAGAUAGUCAAUAAUCGGUGUGAGGUCAACAUCAACGGAGCCACACUCAAGUCUCACUGCUGCGCCACGCUGGGUGAAGCCUGGAACAGCCCCUGUGCCAAAUGUGAAAAAGAUCCAAUAUGCAGUAAAGGUUAUGCUCGAGUCAAAGGAAACCUCUGUGAAGAUGUGGAUGAGUGUCAAGUCUUUCCGGGAGUUUGCAUCAAUGGCAAAUGCGUCAACACGCCAGGCUCCUUUUUCUGCCAGUGUCCUCCAGGAAUGACUGUAGAUGUCAGUGGCAGGACGUGUAUCGACCUGCGUACGGAGCAGUGCUACCUCACCCAUGAGGACGAGCGCUGUGGAGCUCCGAUCCCCGGAAAGCACCGUGUCGACGCCUGCUGCUGCUCAGUUGGUGUGGCCUGGGGCCCUGAAUGCGAUGAAUGUCCAGAAAAGGGAACCCAAGAAUAUGCCCAGCUCUGUCCUCGGGGCCCCGGAUUCUCUCACAGGGGCGACUUCAUCAACGGCAGACCCUUCCUCAAAGAUAUAAAUGAAUGCAGGAUGAUAAACAGUUUGUGCUCCAAUGGGAGGUGCAGAAACACCAUCGGCAGCUUCCGGUGUCGCUGUGAUAACGGCUACGCUCUGGACUCUGACGAGAGGAACUGCACUGACAUCGAUGAGUGCCGCAUCUCUCCGGACCUUUGUGGACAGGGCAGGUGUGUCAACACGCCGGGAGACUUUGAGUGCGAGUGUUUGGAAGGUUACGAAAGCGGCUUCAUGAUGAUGAAAAACUGCAUGGACAUCGACGAGUGUGAGAGAAACCCUCUGCUGUGCCGUGGAGGUGAUUGUGUAAACACCGAGGGCAGCUUCCAGUGUGUUUGCCCGGAAGGACACGAGAUCGCCCCCGAUGGGUCAGCCUGUCUCGAUAUCAAUGAAUGUGAGUUGAGCGACAGGCUGUGCAGGAACGGCCAGUGUGUCAACAUGAUCGGCCGCUACCAGUGUUCCUGCAACACCGGAUACAAAUCCACCGAGGACAGACUGGACUGUGUUGACAUUGACGAGUGCACCAUCGAGAACGGAGGCUGUGAGACUUUCUGCACCAACUCGGAGGGCAGCUACGAGUGCAGCUGCCACAGCGGAUACGCUCUGAUGCCUGAUCUGAGAAGCUGCACUGAUAUCGAUGAGUGUGAGGAGAGUCCGGACAUCUGCGAUGGCGGCCAGUGUACCAACACCCCCGGUACUUACCAGUGUCUCUGCUUCGACGGCUUCAUGUCAUCUGAGGAUAUGAAGACCUGCCUGGAUGUGGACGAGUGUGAGCUGAACCCGAACAUCUGUCUGAGUGGGAACUGCGAGAACACAAAGGGAUCCUUCAUCUGCCACUGUGAUCUGGGAUACUCGGUGCGCAAGGGAACCACGGGCUGCACAGAUAUCAACGAGUGCGAGAUCGGAGCCCAUAACUGCGACAGACAUGCGACCUGCACCAACACAGCUGGCAGCUUCAAAUGCAACUGUGCUCCAGGUUGGAUUGGCAACGGUCUCAAAUGCACAGACCUGGAUGAGUGUUCAAAUGGAACGCACAUGUGCAGCAACAACGCCGACUGUCUCAACACCAUGGGCUCGUAUCGCUGCAUGUGCAAGGACGGAUUCUCUGGAGAUGGGUUCUACUGCUCAGACAGUGACGAGUGUGCAGAGAACGGCAACCUGUGUGAAAGUGGCCACUGCCUGAACCUGCCGGGAGGCUACCGCUGCGAGUGCGACAUGGGCUUCAUCCCCACUUCUGACGGCAAGGCCUGUGAGGACAUAGACGAAUGUACCUUUGCUGGCAUCUGUGUCAACGGACGCUGCCAGAAUAUCCCAGGACUUUUUAGAUGCGAAUGCAACAUUGGUUAUGAACUGGACCGAAGUGGAGGCAACUGUACAGACAUCAAUGAAUGUGCAGACCCGACAAUCUGCAUUAAUGGAAUGUGCAUUAAUGUUCCCGGAAGCUACAUCUGCAACUGUCCGGCAGACUUUGAACUCAACCCCACUCGGGUGGGCUGUGUAGAUACUCGCUCUGGAAGCUGCUAUCUGGACGUUCGCUCUCGAGGAGACGCAUCGGAGAGUUUGGACUGCUCCAACGAGAUCGGAGUUGGUGUUUCCAAGGCAUCGUGUUGCUGCUCGCUGGGCCAGGGCUGGGGAAAUCCAUGUGAAUCAUGCCCCUCCGUCAACUCCACUGAGUACAAAACACUGUGUCCUGGAGGAGAAGGCUUCAGACCAAACCCCAUCACUGUCAUCUUGGAAGACAUCAAUGAGUGUCAGGAGCUGCCAGGCUUGUGUCAGGGAGGACUGUGCAUCAACACCUUCGGCAGUUUCCAGUGUGAAUGCCCAAGAGGUUUCGCCCUCAACACAGAAACCAGAGUGUGUGAAGAUAUCAACGAGUGCGAGCGACCAGGUAUCUGCGGCCCCGGUCAGUGCUACAACACCAUCGGCAACUACACCUGCAUCUGCCCUGUGGACUACAUGCAGGUCAAUGGAGGGAACAACUGCAUGGACAUGAGAAAGAGCUACUGCUACAGGAACUUUUACUCUAACGGGACAUGCGACGAGGAGCUGACCUUCAACAUGACCAAAAAGAUGUGCUGCUGCUCCUACAACAUCGGCAUUGCAUGGAAUAAACCCUGUGAACAGUGUCCGAUGCCCGCCACCGAUGAGUUUGCGGUCCUGUGCGGCAGCGAGAGACCAGGCUAUUACAUCGAUAUCACCACUGGACGCGUCAUUGAUAUUGACGAGUGCAGGGAAAUCCCAGGAGUGUGUGAAAACGGAGUGUGCAUCAACAUGAUCGGCAGCUUCAGGUGCGAGUGCCCCAUCGGCUUCAUCUACAACGACAAGCUGCUGAUCUGUGAAGAUAUCGAUGAGUGCCAGAAUGGACCGGUGUGCCAGCAGAAUGCAGCCUGUCUGAAUAUGCCAGGAAGCUACCGCUGCGAGUGUAAACCUGGAUAUCGCUUCACCCCCACCGGACAAUGUCUAGACCGUAAUGAAUGCCUGGAGACUCCUGCUGCAUGUAAUCCCGGACAGUGCAUCGACACGUUGGGGAGCUAUCGCUGCAUCUGCCCCAACGGCUACAAAACGACGCGGGACGAGUCGAUGUGUGUCGAUGUGGACGAAUGCGAGAGGCAGCCCUGUGGAAACGGUACCUGUAAGAACACCGUGGGCUCCUACAACUGCCUCUGCUAUCCCGGCUUCCAGAACUCUCACAACGGCGACUGCAUAGAUGUUGACGAGUGUUCAACGCAGAGAGGCUUGUGUAGAAACGGACAGUGUGUGAACAUGGUGGGAACCUUCCUCUGUGUUUGUAACGACGGCUACGAGUUAACGUUAGACGGCCGACUCUGUUCAGAUAUUAAUGAAUGUGCAGUGAAUCCAGGCACAUGCGGUGCAGGAACUUGUCUGAACCUGGACGGCUCCUACAGAUGUAUCUGCCCACCAGGCUACUAUCUCCACGAGGAAACCUGCGAAGACAUCGAUGAGUGCUCCCAGUCACCUGAACUCUGCACAUUUGGAACCUGCUCCAACACCGAAGGAAGCUUCACCUGCUUGUGCCCUGAAGGCUUCCAGCUCUCUGCCUCCGGACGCAGAUGUUUAGACAUCCGUGUGAAUUACUGCUACACCAAGUUUGAAAAUGGCCGCUGCCUGGCCCCGAAGCCUCAGAACACCUCUAAGGAAGCCUGCUGCUGCACUGGGAUGCCUGGUCAGGGGUGGGGAGACCCGUGUGAAAUCUGCCCCAGCAAAGGAGAGGAGGCCUAUCCACUUCUCUGUCGUAAUGUGGGAUAUCAGCAGGGGCCAGACGACCAUCCAAAAGAUAUUGAUGAGUGUCUCAAUGAUCCCUGCAUCAAUGGCCAGUGCAUCAACACAGACGGCUCUUUCCGCUGUGAAUGUCCGAUGGGAUACCGCCUGGACAUUAGUGGAAUCACAUGUGAAGACACUAACGAGUGUGACAUCGGCAAUCCCUGCGGCAACGGCACGUGCACUAAUGUGAUCGGCGGGUUUGAGUGUGCAUGUGACGAGGGCUUCGAGCCUGGACCGAUGAUGACCUGUGAAGACAUCAACGAGUGUGCCCAGAACCCUCUGCUGUGUGCCUUCCGCUGCGUUAACGUCGUGGGCUCGUACGAGUGUAAAUGUCCCACCGGCUACGUUCUGCGUGAGGACAAGAGGAUGUGUAAAGACCAGAAUGAGUGUGAAGACGGUAUAGAUGACUGUGCCAGCAGAGGCAUGACCUGCAAGAACCUGAUUGGUACAUACAUGUGCAUCUGUUCACCUGGAUACACUCGCCAGCCCGGUGGAGAAGGCUGCAUGGACCUGAAUGAGUGUACAGCCAAACCGGGUAUCUGUAAGAACGGCCGCUGUGAGAACACAGUAGGAAGCUACCGCUGCAGAUGUGACCAAGGAUUCGUUGCUAACCCCACACAGACCGAAUGCAUCGAUAACCGCGAAGGCUUCUGUUUCACCGAAGUCCUGACCACGCUGUGUCAGAUGACCUCUAGUAACAGGAACAUGGUGACCAAGUCCGAGUGUUGCUGCGACGGAGGCAGAGGGUGGGGAACCAACUGCGAGCUCUGCCCGCUGCCAGGGACCACCCAAUACAAGAAGAUGUGUCCUCUGGGACCCGGGUACACCACUGAUGGCAGAGAUAUUGAUGAGUGUCGUGUGAUGGGCAAUUUGUGCAAGAACGGUCAAUGCAUCAACUCUUUGGGCUCCUACAACUGCGUCUGCAAGCCCGGCUACACCACUGACAUCAGCGGCACUCUGUGUGUGGACGUGGAUGAGUGCAUACAGGCACCAAAGCCCUGCAACUUCAUCUGCAAGAACACAGAGGGAGGCUACCUCUGUUCCUGCCCCAGAGGAUACAUCCUGCAAGAGGACGGAAAGAGCUGCAGAGACCUGGACGAGUGUUCGACCAAACAGCACAACUGUCAGUUCUUAUGUGUCAACACCAUCGGCGGCUUCACCUGCAAAUGUCCUCCUGGCUUCACCCAGCAUCACACCGCCUGCAUCGACAACAAUGAAUGUGCAACAGACCCAAAUCUGUGCGGCUCCAACGGGGUCUGCCAGAACACUCCGGGGAGCUUCAGUUGCGACUGCCAGCGGGGAUUCUCAUUAGACCCCAAUGGACAAAACUGUGAAGAUAUGGACGAGUGUGACGGUAACCACAGGUGUCAGCAUGGCUGCCAGAACUUAGUGGGUGGAUACAGGUGCAGCUGCCCUCAAGGCUACCUGCAGCACUACCAGUGGAACCAGUGUGUUGAUGAGAACGAGUGUCUGAACAGUCAGAUCUGCGGGGGAGCGUCAUGCCACAACACCCUGGGGAGUUUCCGCUGCCUCUGCCCCACCGGCUUCAACUACGAGCAUACCAGCGGUGGCUGCUCGGACAUCAACGAGUGCUCCACCACCCAGAACCCCUGCAAGUUCGGCUGCUCAAACACCGACGGGGGCUACCUCUGUGGAUGCCCACCCGGGUACUUCCGUGCAGGACAGGGGCACUGUGUAACAGGUUUAGGCUUUACAAGUGGUGGCUCCAGUGGGCCAGGAGGCGAGGUGGAUGAUAACUCACUCUCACCUGAGGCCUGCUAUGAAUGUAAGAUCAACGGCUAUCCCAAGAAAGGACGCAAACGACGCAGCACCAACUCAACACAGGAGGCUCCUCUGGAAGACACACAGCUGACUGAGGAGGAGAUGGUCAGCCUGGCCAGUAUGGACAUCGAAGACACCCUCCAGUUCCACCUGAACAUCAGCGACCUGAGCAACCGCGACCACAUUCUGGAGUUCACCCCGGCCUUAUCCACGCUCAGCGACCACGUCCGCUACAGCAUCGACUACGGCAACGAGGACGGCUACUUCAAAAUCAACCAGAGGGAGGGCGUUAGCUACCUGCAUCUGAGCAAGAAGAAGGCCCUUCUGCCAGGGGCGUAUUCCCUCCAGAUCAGCAGCAUGCCCCUCUACAGGAAGAAGGAGCUGGCCGAGCUGGAGGACCGACACGAUAAAGACUACCUCACAGGACAGCUGGGAGACGUACUGAAGAUGAGGGUGCAGAUCAUCCUCCAUUAACCAUCGCAAGACUGAGAGAGGCAGAUGUUGCCAGCAGCUGCUAAUCCGGUGUCAGGCUCACACUCCCCUAAAAGGCCAAACAUUUCUGACUCUGGGUCAGUAGUUCGGGGCAACUUCUACUUGCUCCAACGGGCAGAAUGGCUCGCCACCAAAGAGACUAGAAGGGGGUGGGGGAGGGACUGCGUCAUUUGAUUACCAAAGAUGAUUCUACAUAUCAUAGAUACAAUUUAUGUGGAGGCAGUAUGCAAGAUUUCCAAAUGAAACGCAUACUGCCCUGACACACAACUCCAGCUUUGUUUCAAGGCACUAUUGAGGGUGUGAAUAGGGUUUCUAAUUGUAGGGUUUAACGUUGUAUGAUGAUAUGUGGAAUCAGAUGCCACUUUGAAGGGCAUGUGGACUGCAGAAAGCUCGAAAAGUGGAGUUUAUUUAGAACUCGGCUUAGGUGGAAGAUAAAAAGGGUGAGUCCCAAUAGUCUGAAAUAAAUUCAUUUCCUCCCCUCAGGUAAAAGACUGAACAAACCUGGAUACAUGGAAGUUAACACAUUUCUCCUUCCCCAGAUAUUAAUUUAAUGGAGUGAAGAUGAAACAGAUUGAGAAAGGUCAGGAGAGGAAAGGAACGCACUGUGGACUAUUGAGAUGUAGCCAUGUCUGAGCUUGAAUGACUCCUACUGCAUAUUUAAACUAUGCUUUUCCAUCUUUCCUACUGACUAGAAUAAUUCAUAUUUACUGGUGCUAGCAACACAUCCACAUAGACUUCUGAAUGCACUGUACUACUAUCCAAAACUCAGUAGUCGACAAGAUACAGUCCCAUCGGCCAUUCUGAAGAUUUCAUGUCUUUGCAUCCGUAACAGCUAGCUUCAUAGCCUGUCUGCUCUCCUCUAUACUACAUGUAAAUUGUGUUUAUACUGUAAUAAUCAAUGCCACUUUUAAUCUAUGAAGCAUUUGUAAACUAGAGGAAGCCCCUGGAAUAGAGGGGGUUGUAAUGGUGCUUAUAAUGACCAACUACUUCCUUUGUAAACUGUGUAUACAUACACACACCUGCACACACACACAAGACACAUUGAUGAUGCCAAACCUGGGCCUUCAUGAUUAUGCACUGAGGUCUUCGUGGCCACACAUCCUCUCACAAGUAAAAUCAGUGCUGCAUUGCCACGGACCAGCCUGACACCAGUCUGUGUUCUCUGUUCACAUCAGUGAGGGUUUAGUUGUAAAUUCACAAUAAAAACAUAUUUUUGGUGUACAUGUAA